CUUGUAGACAGUGUCUUAUAAUAUAUGUUUCAUAACUCGUUAUGAAAUGUCUUGAGUUUGAUUGACCCCAAAUGACCAUUCUAGAAGAUUUAUAAACUGUAAAAAUCUCAAAGAUGACGAAAUUUCAACGUAUCAUCGUGCUAAUGUUUUAUUUCUGUUUAUUAACGACAUUAAAAACUGAGGCGUUGAUUAUCUCCACGAGACCAACGACAAUUUAUACAGAAGAUGAUUUAAAGCUACGAUUAGUCAACGUGGUAUUCAGACACGGCGAUCGCACAACAGACAAGAACUAUGAAUCUUAUCCAAAUGAUCCAUAUAAAAAUAACGAUUUCUAUCCAGAUGGUGACGGACAGUUAACUAAUGUUGGCAAGAAUAGAUCAUACGCAUUAGGCUUGUGGCUAAGAGAUAAAUACAAUAGUUUCCUUGGAGAUAUGUAUUACCCACCAAAUGUCUACGCACGUAGCACGGAAAUGUCUCGAUGCAAGAUGACUUUACAAUUAGUUCUUGCAGCGCUUUAUCCGCCUGUUGAUAGACAAAAAUGGAAUGAGAAACUUUCUUGGCAACCAAUAGACUUAAUAUAUACAUCACGGCAUGAAGAUAAUCUGCUGAAUCCAUCAUUUGCAUGCCCUAUAUUCCAAAAAAUUUAUGAGAAUCAACUACAAAGUCCAGAAGUGAAAAAGAAAAUAGAAGAGUUUAAUGAUUUAAUGGCGGACGUAUCAAAACAUACAGGAAAAAAUAUUACCAGUGUCAGGGAUCUCGCUCUUAUAUAUCCUACUUUAUAUAUAGAAUCAUUUAUGGGAUUGCCUUUACCAAAGUGGACAAAAAACAUAUUUCCAAAUGGCACUCUUUUAAAUGCAGUUUACUUAGAUUACGAGCUAUUUAAUUACAAUGAGUUAAAUAAUCUCAAUGGAGGUGUGUUAUUGAAUAGAAUAAUUAACGAUAUGAACAAAGUGAUCAAUAAAACUUUGCCGGAUCGAAGGAUUAAUCUUUUCUCCGCACAUGAUGUAAAUGUAGUUGGAUUGCUAUACGCUUUAAAUAUAUCCGUUAUUUUUCGACGUCAUUUUCCGACGUUUACAAGCAGCGUUAUUGUAGAAUUAUAUGAAGAUGACGGAGAAUAUUUGGUUAAAGUGUUAUAUUACUUAGGUAUUCCAUCGGAAAUACGAGAAAUUAAUAUUCCUGGCUGCGAAGUAUUAUGUCCGUAUAAUAAAUUUGUCGAAUUAACAAAGUCAACUACUGCACUUAAGGGAGUUCCUCUGCUCAGGUCUGGCACAACAAGUGGUACAGGGGUUCAAGUAAAGAAAAUAUUCAAAUGA